UCAGCGAUUGAUAGGGUUUCCAGUUUUUCUGCCUCCGCAGUCGGCUUUUUUAUUGACAUCACAUCAUUCUCCAUAACAAUCGUCCGAAUCCAGCCAACGAAACAGGAAAAAGUAUUUAGUGCCAUAAUAUUCGCAAUAAAUAAUGGAUUUUUCGAUACAUCUAUUGGCGCUACUGUUUGCGGUCUUCCUGCAAGGGAUCACUGCUCUGCAGAAGGAGUUUACUAUUGUAAUCACCCCGGGAGGAAGAGACUGCUUUUACGAGAACGCACAAGCCGGUCAAACGGUUGAUCUCGAGUAUCAGGUGAUCGACGGUUCGCAUGGGGAUCUGGACAUAAACUUCGAGCUGGCGGAUUCGUCCGGAAGGCUCAUCUUUGCCGAUUACAAGAAAUCCGAUAACAUCCACCGGUACAAACUGCCCCACGAUACCGAGCUAACUUUUUGCUUCAGCAACGAAUUCAGCCGGGUUAAUAGUAAAACCGUGUUCUUUGAGAUAAUCAUCGAAGGGGAGGAUGACGAUGGCGGUUGGAACAACUUUGAUAUUCUGGAAGGCCUUAGCCCGGAGGAGUUUUAUGAUAUGAAGGUCCAGGACGUUCAGGAUAUCAUUAAGCGUGUGAGGAAUAAUCUAACCAAAGUCAGACAGUUCCAAGACGUCCUGCGGUCACACGAAGCCCGUGAUCGAAACGUAGCCGAAGAGAACUAUUUCAAGGUAAAUGCUUGGUCUUUUUUCCAAAUCAUCAUUAUGCUGUGCGUCGGCUUUUGCCAAGUCGUAAUGGUCAAGAGUCUGUUUGAUACCGAGUCCAAAGCUCACAAAAUUUGGACCAAGAUGUAGGGAAAACCUCGAUUUGUUUGGCCAACUUCUCUCUCUUGGAUCUGGAGAACUAUCUCUCCAAGUCACGCCAGUCAUUUUUUCUCUUCCUAUUUACCGUUUCAUCACUGAAUCAUCUAGUAGAAUUAGAUCUUAAUACGCGCUCUGAAUUGCAAGAGCAGUCUUAUGAAUACCAAAGCAACAUAUAGAGUGAUUGAAUCGCAAAAUAAAUCUCAUCCGUUUUAA